AUGUUAUGGUUUAAAUGCGAUGAAAUUAUACCAGGCGUUAUUUUGGCUUUAAUCUAUGUCGCCCUCAGUUUAUCUGGUGUCUUUUUUUAUAUGGAAUAUGAAGGUAUUGAAGAUGUAGACAGCCACUGCAGAGUUGCAUACAGUGCUGAGAAGCACAUUGACACUUUUCGUCAGAAGAAUUCCUCUGCAUUUGUGGUUGGCUUCAGUGGUGAGGUUGGGCGUCACUUGCUGGAGACACUCGACCAAGCAAAAGUGUUUUCCAGGAUUGUUCUGAUUGGACGAAGAACCAUCAAUUUGGAUCAUUUGGGACCAGAAUUUGAACAACGCCGUGUAAGAUUUGAUCUACUUGAAGAUUAUGCUGAGACCUUUGAUGGACUUGAUUAUGGAUUUUGCACAUUGGGGACAUCACAUAGCUCUGUCUUGUCAGCAGAAUUCAAUCGAGUUGACCAUGAUUAUGUCUUGAAGACAGCCGAAGUAGCUAAAGCUAAAGGAUGUAAACAUUUCACUGUUGUGUCAUCACAUGGGGCUGAUAGCAACAGCAGUUUUUUCUUUAAACAAGCCAAGGGCCUAAUGGAAGAAACUUUGAUGGAAAUGAAAUUUGAUCGUUUAUCAAUUUUCCGACCAGGUGUUCUCCUGUGUGAUCGCAAGGAACAUCGACCAGGAGACACAAUCUUCCAAUCUUUAUUGCGUCCAAUAGCUUAUUUCUUCCCAACUGCAGUCACAUUGCCAGUUGAGACAGCAGCCAUUGCAAUGUUGAACAAUGUGAUUGCUCCCAAUAACAGGACUGUGGACAUUUAUGAAAACAAAGCCAUUCAUGUUGUGGCUGGGAUGGCAUCUCAAUAUUGUCCUCCUGAACUUGUUCCACUGAAGCACCAUGACCAUAGUUUCCAUCAUAAAGAUCAUGAUUCAGAAUUCUAG